UGCAUAAUUUAUUCUCACUUAAUCUCAUUAAGAGGAAGAAAGAGAGAGUGAGAAGUGAGUGUGGGAACGUAGUGCGUGGGAGGAGAGCUGCUGCUCGGUCCUUUUCCAGCGCCUCUUUCUGCCGCAGGAUUUAAUGGAGCUGAGUAUCAUCCCCCCUGCUCUCCAGGUGGGGAAAAGAGGCACGCAGGAGGGUAGCUGAGGUCGCACAGCAGGGCAGCGAGAGCUAGGAACUGAACCCAGGGUGUCUACAUCUCCUUACACCUUCUCCCCCUGCCAUUUUCUCUUUCCACUUUCCUCUGGAGAGUGGGAUUGCCGAAGGGCUGGAGGGAUAAAGGUGUCAUAGCCCCGUUGAGCCGGGCAUCAGGCAGGGCAGAGACGGGCCGUGACCUUCCAUCAGCAGCAGCACUGUUUAAGCUCAUUUGCUUCAGAAAGCGCUUGAAGAAACCACUGCUGUGCUCUUAUCAGCAGGUUAUACGAGACAGAAGCCGGGAAGCGUCUGUCCUUGGGGUCCCCCUGGGAUCCUGCCCACGUGCGGGCAGGAGAGAGGCUCCGAGCGCUUGUCCCGGUGCCAGGAAAAGGCUGUCCUCGCCCUGCCGUCCUGGCCCGCUGGCUUGCAGCCUCAGACCGAUACGGAUGGGAAUAAUCCCUUGAUUUCACACCCCCCCCCCCACCCCAAGGCUAAGCGCUGUACGGCUACAGUCAGAGCCCCUGCCCCACCGUGCCUGCAGGCUGAGCGAGGGAUGGAAAGCAUGCGGAGGUACGUUAGAGUUGAAGCAAAUCUAGGGAAAGGACUUGUGGUGCCCGGGGUCACCUGUCAGCGUGCUCAAACUGGACCAGCUCUCCUCUGAGCCUCACUGUUUUAUUGCUGCUGCUGAGGAGUGUUAUAAAACUAUUUCACAGCCAGCAGGAUAAUAACAUUCAUGCGUGGCUGCCCAGAGGGACAGGACCCUCAUGAAUCCCAGCCAACGUGGACGUUCUGGCGUAAGUCAGGCCCUGCCUGCCCAGAAGAGCUCCUUCCAAAGAAGAAACCAGAAGGAGGGAGACAUAAUGACCAGGCUCAGCACUGGCCUCGCUGCCGCUUGCCAGCUCAAGCGUGAAGGGCCUGUGGAAAUGAAAGAGCUUUUUACAAGGGCUCCGUGGGAACGUGACCUGAAGAAAUCUGUGACCGCUGGAAGCAGAGGGACAGGGGGUGCAGGCUGCGUCCUGGCAAGCUACAGCUCCGGUCCUGCCUCCCAGCAUCCUCAACGUCUUCCAUUAAAGGAGGGCUCCCGAAAGCUGCGUGUCUUUGUGGUGUCUGUCCGCUCAUCUGCGUGGGGACGCUGGCUCCAGCCUGCAGCAGGACGGCGGCGGCGGCUGCCGCCCCAGCUCUCCCGCAGAGCCCUCAGCACCCAAUGUUCUCAGCUGGGUCCCGCCGGCACGCCGAGGACAGCUCGUUACUCGGGAGAUGUGAUCAGGUAUCGCGCAGGUCUUUUGUAUUUGCUUGGAAAGCUAGGCCUAAAAUCUUGCGGGUUUCUUGCUAUGACGUGCGUGCCGUACCGGCGUGAAUGAGGAGCUCUGCCCUCGGCCCCUCGCUGUACUCAGAGGUGAGCAGACGGAGUUAUUUACCCUGUGGUUACCGACACCGUGGCUGCUGCGACUUUUGGAUACCUAACCUGAUAGACCUUAAAGGCUCUGCUCUCAGCAAACACCGAGCGCCUGCCCGCAGACACCAGGGCCCCACCAAGGGAAGCAGCUGGAGAGUGGAGGUAUGACACUCGCGAUAGCCUUGGCUGAGAGCUGUGAUAACAAAUAUCUUGAAAGGGAAGUGCUUCGGGGUCAAACGGCAGAGAGAUGCUGGCAUGAAACUGCUGAGUGCAGCAGGAGUGUCUGUACAGUCAUUCUGAGGAGGCAAUAACUCGCAAUAAAUGAGAGACCUUUACUGAGUUACUCAGCCCAACCUAAAAGAAGCUCAUUUGCCUGUGCCAUGAGUUGUUAAAAUUGGAAAAAUCUUCAAAGGACGUGAAAAAAAAUUACAGUCCUGUCGAAAAUGUGACAGCUGCUACCGCUGGAGGGAAAAGCCCUGAUCAGGCGAAGCCUUACCCAGGCAGUUAACUUCAGAUGCGUAAGAAAUGCCGUGGACAUCGCUGAAGCUUGCUGAGGGCUGGGAGUUACACAGGCGCCUAAAGGUCAGCGCUGCCCAGCCGUCCAGCGCUAGCAAUGGUCUCGCAACACCGGAGGGUUUUACCAAACCACUGGCUGCUGUGAUUACCCGACUGGAAGUAUCACAGCCCUCUCCUCUCCUCCUCUC